AUGCCUACCAACUUCCCCACAUUCACGUUACGUUCCCGCCAACGCGCUGCAGAAACUCUGCAAGCCCGCAAUCAGCUGAUUAUCAACCCCACCUCCUACGAGUUUCUUGGCAUCGAUUGUCGAUUGCUUGAGCUAGAUGAUGAUGGAAAGCAUCUUCACCCCCCAAGCUCUGAUCCUUCUGCCCCGACUUUCUUUGAACCUCGAGGUGGUUCGUGGGUUGCCCCUGUUGUUCCUAAUCUUAAACAUGUGAACCGAUUGAGGGCAUUCACUGAAGGCUGGGAGAGCAUUCAAGAACAUCCAUUGGUUCAGGAUCUGUAUGCCCAAGCAUCGCAUGUUUCUUCCGGUCUAGAGUGGAUGUUCUUCCAGUUCCGUAGACAGUUCUACCCCCCCCCCGGAGAUGCUAGAGUCCCGCCUAACCUCAGACAACUGUCGAAAUGGCUAGAGAGUGGCGAUAUUGUGCCGUCUGUUUUUGCGAGGAGGUUCUACGCAGCUAUCUGGGGAUCCAUCCGAUGGUCGCCAGGCAAUGUGUUUGUGCCAAAGACACUCCUUUAUCCGUUAGGAGUACCCCCGCAUAUUAUGAUCACGAUUUUGAUUGGAGAGGAGCCCAGCGAAGAGCUGUUCCGGGAAGAGAUUAUGACCCUCACCGCAGCGAUGAUCACUCGGCUAGAAGGCGAGGAAUUCCUAGAGUGCAACAUCAUUCCUGUCAUGGCAAUCACAAUUUUCGGUCACAUGAAAGCGCGAGUGAUCGAAGCGAAUUCCAGUCAUCAAGGUCUGAUGAUCAAGAAGAGCCAGCUUUUUGAUUUCUCGACGAACGAACUUGCAAACAAAAGCAUGAACAUUCUGCUCGGAUUUAUGUGCGCCGACCUAGUCGGAGAUCCUAGAGAGCCCAUACUUCCUACUAACAUCGUUGAGAGCCCACAAGAAGCCGACAAGGUUGAGAAGCUGAAGGGUGGAACCUUGCGGAAGAUGUUCGGGGAAAGGUGUCCUCAAGUCGGACCAGAUGCAGUGUCAGACUUUCCAAUAGGAGCAGGAGGAUAG